AUGGCUGACAAGGCAGGCGGAUUCUUCAGCCGUGAGCAACCAGAGCGAGUGGUUGCCAGUGGCACGGAGGUCCGGACCGUUCCGUCCGCGCUCUAUCCCACCAUCGCCUCUGCCGUGCCGACCAGCCGUGGUGAGCAUCCCAUCUUGGCCGUGGAACUUGGGUUCGGACGAGACGACAUCAAUGCCAUGGGCCGCAAGCGCGCAGCAGCCGAGUCCGCGCCCUCCGCGCCCGGAGCGACCGCCGCCGAGCGAAGGGGCCAGAUGGCGGAGGUUUGGUGCUUCGGGCUGGAGGCAUUGAGCAGCAACUGCUGCGCACGCCUGGCGCAGUGCUCCAAAGGCUUUUACGUGGCAGUGCGGGACGCGGUCGCCGAGCGGAUCACCUUGAGCUUGGCCGAUGGGUGCUUGCAGGCGGAUUUGGCGUCUCACCAGCUGCACAAUCCGAUCUUAGCUUUGAGCCAUUUGGAGUCCCUGGCGCAUUCUCAGUUCCUGUUUGGAGGCUUGCGAGGCCUGCUGCGUUCCAUGGUGGAGGAUCGUCCAGAAGCAGCGAUCUGUCUCCUGGAAUCCCCACCCAGCACCGACGCCCUGUGCGACCUGCUGUUCUCGCAGCUGGCGGGCGGCCGCGCGGAGCUGGCCUCGGCUUGGGCGCGGCUGGCAGCGUUGCUUUAUCACUAUCGGACCUGGCUUCCCAGCGUUUUGGCGCUCCUCCUUCGAGCGUCCCCGCGCAGCAGCCGAGUGCUGGCGAAGGGCGCUAGUGGAGAGCUGGGGCAGCUCCUACAUGGUUUGCCACAGGUGGGGCGACCAGGGAAACCCGGCAGGCUCGAGGUUCCGAAGUAUUUCCUGGCGAUCCUGGAGCCCAAUCAAUACCAGGCAGACUCGCAUGUAAUGCCUAGGGCUUCAGAAGGCAAGAGCCUUGCCGUGGGCAAGCUGAAUGUCACCAAGUUGCCUCAUGGCUUCGGCCCGUCGUUCGCGGGGUUGGAACCGAAGGGGCCCGAUGCCGAGUUGGGGUUGGAAGGCGAUGCCCAGUACACCUAUGGGACGGCCCACACCAAUGGGACGACGUGUCAACUGCUGGAACGCCUGGUCUUCCCACCGGCGAACGCCAGCUUGCUGCUUCACCUGUCGCUGCCUAUGGAUGGUGCGACAUGUGCGAUGGAUGCAGCACAGUCCAAGAGCUUCCUGCAGAAUCUGAAGGCGUUGGAGGACGUCAUCGUCAUUGAGGCACAGAAGCCACUUGGCCGAGACGGAUGUCAGUUCGUACUACGUGCUCCUGGCCGAAGGCCUCUGAAGGCCGGCGGCGUCGCUGCCGUGGCGCUCCAUGGAGUGAUGGAGUCGUGGUGCUGGCGCCAGUCGCUGGAGUCGUGGAAGUCGCUGGAGAGGAACAGCUCAGAUUCAGCGAAGCCGCUGGCUGAAGCCUUGGAUCCGAAGAUCUCCGAAGCCUCCGUGCCAUGCCAAGGCUGCGUGGCCUCGGACAGGCUAGCUGUGGCCUGUGCUAAAGCCCACAAAGGUGGAGAUGCCAAUGCCAAGGUUGCACCCUGCGAGGUCUACUAUGAGGCGCUUGACAUCUCAUCUCCUGUCGUUCUGGUGGGAGCUGGCAAGGAGUUGCCAACCAUUUGGGGCAACAGGCCUGAUGGCAUCGUCAUCUCGAGCUCAUCCUGUUGCGUGCUUCGACACUUGCGCCUUUGUGCCGAGCCCAAAGGCCACGCGAUCGCGGUGCGCUCAGCUAGCCCUUUGAUCGAAGACUGCGACGUCGUGGGCGCUGCGGGCGAAGCAGCGCGUGGCGCCCGUGCCGGCGUGGAUGUGCGUGGCCAUUCGCAGCCAGUCCUUCGUGGCUGUCGAAUCUAUGAUCAUUCAGGUGCAGGGGUUGCCUUCUCUCAGGCUGGUGGGAUGGUCGUCGCUUGUGACAUCGCCCGCUGUGCUUGCGGAGUUUGGCUGGAAGGCGGAGCGAAUCCAUUGAUUUGGCGCACCACUUUGGCCUCGCAUCGUGGUGCUGGUGUGGUUGUCCGGGCAGACGCUUCCGGCUGCGUGGUAGGCAACACCAUCCUGCGGAACGGAGCUGGAGGUCUCUUGGUGGAGUCCAACCGGAAGAACAUCACGACCAUCGUCAGGAACCGCGUUUGGGCCAACUGCGGGUGCGACCUGCGGCAAAGUCCAGCCAAGGGAGGUGGCUUAGAGGCUGGUAGCGCCCAUUCAGUGGUCUUGGCGAACACGGUGGGGCACUUCGAUAGCCCCUCAGCCAGUUGUGGCAUCGAGCUCUUGGCCAGUUGGCCCGAGACCGUCGUGACCACCUGGACCGAGCUCAAGCGCGCCCUGCGACGCUCUGGCGACUCGCCUGGUGGCGUGCCGCUGCCGGAGGGCACAUGGCGCGUGAUCCGGAUAUGUGGGCGAAUCCAAGUGGAGGAGCCUUUGCUUUUGGAUCGACCGGUUGUCCUUGCAGGCGAACCCGUGGAGGCCAUGCCAGGCGAAGCUCAGGGAGAACUAUCGAGUGCCAGUGGCUCUGUGGUGAUGGUGGACGCUGACGCCGCUGUGGUGUUUUGGAGGUUGACUUUGAGCUUGGCGCCUUCAGAGCCAGUCACUCAAAAGGCCAUGAGCUGCGUGGAGGUGUGCUCGGGCCGGCCGGUGCUCGUGGACUGCACGCUGAAGGCGGAGAGCACGGAAGAUGCCUCGUCCCAUGGCAUUUGGGCCAGUGUGGAUCCAUUGUGGUGGGCCGCACGGACCUCACGGGCAACGAUGCCGGCAGCGUGUGGCACACCGGUGGCGAAGCUUCUUCCAGUCCCAUUUUCUUGGACCAGUGCUCCCUGUCUGGCAGCGGCGGUGCCCAUACAGCGUCGCCCGCCGUAG